UCAGGGAACGACUGGAGGGAAAGGAGAGUGAAGAAACAGAACCGGUCCCUCAACUGUCUCACAAAGAGUUACAGAUGGCUGAGAAAGUGUCCAAAUACAACGAAACCAAGCGUGGCGAGUCUCUGAUCAGUCUCCACUAUGAAGCAGAUGAAGAAGAGGAAACUGGACGAGGGAGCCAAGAUGUGGAGAGACGAGCGUUUGACAGGGACCAGGACUUGCAAGUCAACAAGUUUGAUGAGGCUCAGAAACAGCGUCUGUUGAAGAAGUCCCAGGAGCUCAACACGCUCGGACACAGCAAGGAGAAAAUGUUCCUCUGAGACGAUCCGCACGCAAUAGCUCAGGAUUGGACAUUUUUUUGGUCACCUGACCCAGUCAAUGAUUGACGGGAACGUUCCAGGUUGACUUUAUUGCAGUCCAACUACUCAGAUGAUCAGAACACAUUGUGCUGAAUAUGAUCUGAACAGAACAGGUCGUAGGUCGUAAAGAUAUAACUUGUAUGUUUUUUUUUUUUAUAAAAGUGUGAAUGUCAGUUUGAUAGUUAAGAUUUUAGUCGUCACUCUUAUCCAGAGAGACUGAGGCCAUACGCGUUCUUACUUAUUAUUUCUCACAUACUGGUUUCCCCGUUGGGAAUCGAACCCACAACCCUGGUGUUGGAAGCUCCAAUGCUCUAUAACCAACUGAGCCACACGGGAACUCCCUCAUUCUUUUAGUUCUUUUAAAGGUUCCGAUGCGCAGCUGUUUUUUUUUUUAUCUUAAUAGCAAAUUAUUUCUGGGGAACAGUUAAGAACAUUACUGUGGUUUUGUUUUCAUUUAAAACGCAACAAAAUAAAUGAGCAGAAAUAG